AUGUUUUGGUUCAAUAAAGGUAUUCCUUGUGCUAGUGCUCCAUGUUUCAAUAAUGGGACUUGCUCAAAUAAUGGAUCAUCAUCAUUCUCAUGCUCAUGUCCUGGUGGGUUCCGAGGUGUCCGCUGUGAAAUCAAAGGUAUUAAUAAUUUUAUCAUAGUGAUCUGAAGACAUGCAAAAGUCAUGAUUAAAUAUAUGCCAUCUGAAAGGAAUGGAACCCGCGGCUCUGUGAUUCUGGUGGCGCGCUUUAACCAACUGUGCUACAGAGUCCAGUUACCAUGCUCUAACCACAAGCGCAUUUUGAUCACAAAUCAUGUCAAUUUAUUGAUCAAUUUAUAUUAUGUGGACGAGAUACAAGACAAAAGAAUCGUUUGCUAUGAAUAUUUCAAUGUCUACAUAUGGUUUGUAAGUACUAGUUAAGUUAUGAGCAGCUGAUCUUUAUCUGAUAUACAAACUCAAGUCGAAAGGCGAGAGUUUUUAUAUCAGAUAAAGAUCGGAUGCGAAUGUUUUAACGUGCUUAAAAAACGACACAUCUUAUGAGUUCAUUCGCGAAGUAAUUUUAAAAAUAAACAUUGCCUAAGCCGAGAAAAUCAAAGCUAAAGUUCAUGUAAAUAAAGCAGGAAAAAUCUUUAUCCGGUUUACAAACAUUGAUUAAACAUUCAUUUCUUUUGUAAUUUUGUAUGAAUUAAUUAAUAAGCACAGUUAUCAUUAAGUCUGCGUUGGGUAGAGGGCCUCACCGUUGGCAAUUUUUUAGCCAAAAAAUAUAUAUAUCGAAAGUUCUCAAAGUUUAUAUCUCAUACAAAUAUAAUCCUGACAAAACAAUAGCCCAAAUCCAAUUAAAUAUUUUCGGGGAACUGUAAAGUACUUUAUUAUAUAAACAUAAGUGUUAUAUAGAGUAGUUGGCCACUGAAAAAAAUCGAAUGUAAACGCACGUAAAAAAUGCGAUAUUUUUACAUGUGAAAAUGUCAUUCGUUGUAAAACGCAUUGCCACGGACGUUUUGUUGUUUUUCACUGAAUUUUUUUCAUAUAAUAAACAGAAAAACACAUGGGUGCUUGGAAAUACCAGAUUUUUUUCUCGUGUUGAACAUGAUAUCUCACUCGUUCGCUGCGCUCACUCGUGAGAAAACAUGUUCAACACUCGAAAUGAAUCUGGUAUUUCCGCGCACCCAUGUAUUAUUCUCUAUUAUUUUAUAGCCCAUCUGGAAGGAAUGGAAUCGGCGGCGAUUCUGGUGGCGCGCUUUUGCCAACUGUGCUACAGAGUCUAGUUGCCAUGCUCUAACCGCAAGCGCAAUAUUCAUCACAAAUUGUGUCAAUUUGUUGAUCAAUUUACAUUAUGCAUGUGAACGAGUUACAAGACAAAAGAGUCGUCUUCUGUAAAUAGUUCAAUGUUUACAUAUGGUUUUUAAGCACGUAUAUCAAGUCUGCGUAGGGUAGAGGGCCUUGCCAUUGCCAAUCCUUUUUAGCUAAAAAUAUUUCGAAAGUACUCAAGGUUUAUAUUAGCAAACAAAUAUAAUCUUGAAAAAAACCAAUAAUCCAAUUAAAUAUUUUCAGAUACACAUAAACCAAGUUCAUCCAAUCCGUCAUCAUCAGGCGGCAGCCUUGGUAUCAUUGUCGGAAUUAUGUUGGUUUUUGUUGUUGUCAUAGCAAUAGUUAUCGUGACUUGCCUCUUCUACCGAAGAAAACGAGGAAAAGGUAACUCGCCAGAUAUUGGUAACAUUCAAAAUACUGCUUAUGAAGGUGACAAACCACGAAGCAUGGAACUGCAAAAAAUACCUGAUUCUGAAAGCUGUUACGAAGAACCAGCAGUAUAUGCACAACUCGCCAAUUCUUUGAGAGUUCCCGUUGAUGAGAAUUAUCAAAGUUUAUUAAAUGUUCAGAAUUACGAGCAACCUGACAAAGAUUACGUCAAUUUAAAUGUUCAGGGGAAUCCUUCCAUGAGCAUGGAUACCAAUCCAAAACACGAGGUUCCUGGGGAAUCUGAGUACGAAAUAAUGGCUUAGUGUGAUCGAGAGAAGUCACACAUUUCAUCAAUAAUUUCAAUUCCGAAUAUAUUACUUAUUUUUAUAUAUUUAAGAAAUACUCUAACAACGACAUUUAAUCUUAGUCGGUUCACAACAUUUUUUUAUUUCCGCACUUUGUGUAUUUUUUUAGAAUAGGCUACAUUAUCAAAACGAGAUCCAUUACCAAUUGCGUUGCGCACAUGAAUACUAAUUAAACUGAUAUCAAAAUCGACGUAUAUAUAAACGUUGAAAUGUAGACUUUUACUUGCUUGUAUUUUAUGAAUUUAAUAAAAAAUUAAGACAAAAA